GUUCCGCUUCCGGCUGGAGCCGGAAGCCACUGUCUCCCGGGUGAACGAGGCCGUCGCAACGAGGGGCGGCGAGUGUGGUACCCAGAGCCAGGCUUCGGGAAAACAGAACACUGCCCGGAGCAGGUUUGCCCUCCUACAGACAUGGGGCGCAGAAAGUCCAAACGGAAGCCACCCCCCAAGAAGAAGAUGACAGGCACCUUAGAGACCCAGUUCACCUGCCCCUUCUGCAACCACGAGAAGUCUUGUGACGUGAAAAUGGACCGGGCCCGCAACACCGGAGUCAUCUCGUGUACCGUGUGCCUAGAGGAGUUCCAGACGCCCAUCACAUAUCUGUCAGAACCGGUGGACGUGUACAGCGAUUGGAUAGAUGCCUGCGAGGCAGCCAACCAGUAGCGAUGCAGAGGACCCACUCCCGCGGCAACCCUGCCUGCUGUGGACCUGCCCCGCUGGGUGCCAAUCCAGAGACAUUCCAGGGUCCGGGGUGUGGGUCCAGGGCCUUCACAGCCCUCUGCGUGUAUGGAGUGGGUGUGGGUGUGAGUGUGGCCGUGGCAGCGUGCCUGUGGGCACGGACUGGAGUUGAGGCGGGGUUGUUGGGCCCCCCCCCGGGGGCCUGAAGUGCUUCCCUUGGCUCUGAAAGCCUUUGACUUGCUUGCUCCUCCUCGGGGCCCGCGUCCUGACGUUCUGGGCAAGGACAAGCCCAGCAGAGGCUGCCUCGGGACUCUCCAGCCUCCUCACCCAUCUCACCAGCACCGUGUGAACUGGACUGCCCCCCGCCCCUCCCCUGCCUCCCAAGGCCUGUGGCCUGGGAUUCAAAGCCACAGUCCCACAGGCCCCGUGGCUGGGACCUGGCAGAACAGCCCCUUUUCCUGUUUAGUUGCUUUUGUAGAGGAGGAAGGGGCUGGGCUGGGGAUCGCCGUCGGCCACGAGCCCCUAAAUAAAGCAGCUGAUGCAAA